AUAAUAACUGUAGACAAAGAAAGACAGAAGCUGUCUUUCCUGCUCUGAUGCUUGCAAACUCAAACUGAUAAGAAUUGCUGGGGGAAAAUAAAUUGCCUGGAAAUCUUUCUUCUUUUCUCCUAACUCUUUGAAGAAGCAAGAAGCCAAUGUGGCAAAUCUGAUGAUUUUCCUGAGCUCUUUUUCCCUAUUCCAUCAGGAGCACCUGUUCGACUUUGUACUGCAGCCACAAGAAGUUUAGGAAGAUGAACCAGACAGAAGCCGGAUUACUGUUUUCCAACAGCAGUGACUCUAUUGGAAGUAUCUUGGGGUGCUGCACCCAGGCUUCAAUAGUAACAUAUGAUGGAUCUGAGGUGCCUUCUCUUGAGGCGAGGAACCUAUUCAUCAUGCGAGUGGUUCAGAUUGCGGUGAUGUGUGUUCUAUCCCUCACGGUCGUGUUUGGGAUCUUCUUUUUGGGAUGCAACUUGCUAAUAAAAUCCGAAGGGAUGAUAAACUUUUUGGUCAAGGAAAGGAGACCUUCUAAAGAAAUUGAAGCAGUCGUCGUCGGUCCUUAUUAAAAAAAAAAAAUACUGGUGAGAAAAAAAAUGAUUCUGAUAUUCUCAGACAGGUGUCUGAAGCAACACAGGUUGCCUUUUUUUUUUUGAUUUCCGCAUCCCAUCCGUUGAAGAGACGAGAUGAUGAGACAAGAUUUCUCAUGGACAGAGCAAGACCAAGGGACCAAGAUGAGUUGAAGUUUAUUUGUUAUUCUUUUUUUUAAUUGUGGCUGAAAAAUCUCGCAGAUCAAGAUCAUCUGACGGACGUGAGAAUGAAGAUGCUACUGACAUCUGUUGUGGAAGUACAAUUUUUUAGCUGCACUUUAAGAAGGAAGUGGAACCACCUCACCCAUCUUUCAUCCAAAGCAGAACUUGUAAGAAUGUAUUAUAUAUAAAUAUAUCAGUAUAAAGCAAAGGAUCAGCAUCUACAUCUUGCUUCAUACUGGAAAGAGGGAUUCUUUGCAUUGCUCUGAUUGUAAUAACUUUAUUACUACUACCUGACAUUCCUAAAAGUACAUUCAUACAAUACCUUUGAUAAAUCCGAAGGCAUUGUUAUACAAAGACUGUUACAUUUUUGUUAAAAAUACUCACUUUACUGUUACUUUUUGUUCUCUUGUUCUUUUUCUUAACCAAAGGGGGGGAGCUGAGAAUGUCUGUUUAUUUCUUUACUGUACAGUGAUUUGUAUAUCUCUACUAUUUUUUAAAAUUUUUGGUAACUUAAAUUUUUUUCCUGACUUUUUUUCCUGCCUCAGUAACCGACUGUUCUGCCUUUAUUCUUAAAUACUGAAAACAUGCUCUAUCCUUGCAAGUGUGCUAUAUAUAUUAUAUUCACCAUCUGUCUAAGAGGCAUCAUGGAUUGGUUGUUUCCCAUUUCAGUGUUUUGUAUUUUUUCAAUAGGCUUUGGUGCUUCCACUGUUAAACAUUUUUGUAAAUUCUUUAUUGAACGAAGGAUACUAAGUUGAGGGAAUUUGGCCCGAUAAUAAAAAAUGUGUGCAAAUUCAGGCAAUGGAA